UAUGAACCGUCAGUUUCUUCUUGGCUGCAGAAGAUAACUAGUAAAAUUUACCAACUUUCUCUCACUGCAAGUGUAAUGUUUUAUUAAUUGAGCUUUUAUAUUUAGUUUGUUUGGUAAAGUUUUGGUGAUUGAAAAAUUUAAAGUGUUGAAACUAAAAUAAGCGUGACCCAUAUACAUAAGUACAUACGUACAUAUAAUACUGCAAAGGAAAAACAAAGCAAAGCUCAAAAAAAAUGCUAAAAUAUUUGCUGCUUUGCACUUUGCUUGUCCCUGUAGUUUUGGGUGCGCCGCUGCUUGGGGGCCAGGGCCAGAGCGACUUUGCUUCGCACAUAGUGAUCGUUACACCGCAGGCCCAAGUGCAUCUUGAACCAGCUAUUAAAUAUGAUGCCGCCAGUUUCAUUCAUCACCUCUCACCAUUAGCUCGCAUCGCCGCUCCGCAUGAAGAGACUAUUGUAUACGUUCCUGCUAGUGCUGGUGCGUCUAUCAUUCCUGUUGAAAGUGCUAGCGUAGGUCGCGCCAGUGCUAGCGAACAACCGCAAAAACAGGCAUCCAAACAGUGGGAUCAGAUCUCUCAGCAAAUUCAGCAAGCUGUUCAAACCGGUUCAUCACAGUUAGGCCCUCAACUAAGCGAAGCAGCUUCCGCCGCCUCCAGUGCCGCUGCGGCAGCUGGCCAAGGCUUAUUCCCUGCUCUAUUCCCACCUGCCGCACCUGCAUCUUCCGGUAGUUCAGCGAUCAGCUCCACCGGCAAGGAGGAUAAGCCGAAAAUUGCUUAUGAAGUUCCAGCCAACACCGAAGCCUUGCUAACCAGCAGCGCACGCAUCUAUGCACUUACACCGGCCGUAUCACAUGUUGUCGAUUUUGUUCACUCGCCCAUAUUCGUUGGCCCGAUCUCGGCAAUACGAGCACGCAGCAUUCAAGGUGAUGCUCAGGCACCACUGACCACUGCCGCAUUAGCGGGAGAAAAAUCUGAACAGCUUCCAUUAAAGGAUAUAACCAAGAAUUUGAAAAAAGUAAGCCCUGCGCAAGCGAAGGAAGAAAUUGAAAAAAGCUCAGACUAUGGCAAAUUAUUGGGAGCCAAUGCAUUAAAAGAAGAAAAAAAUCUAUCGGAUGAAAGUGAGGCAAAAAAAGAAAAGCUUCCGGAGGAUAACAGUAACAAAUUUUCUGACAUUCCAAAGGGGGGCCUUUCUCAAGCUCCUUUACCAGCUCUACCUUCUAAACUUAAAAGCGGGUCUUCUGACGACGUAAAUAUAAGCGACGAUCAUAAAGAGGCUACCAAAGGAGCCAUCUCCGAUCCAGAGCCUCAGCCUAAAAUUGCUUAAUUAAUAUUGCAUAGAAAACAUCAUCAAGCAAGAGGAAAGAUAAACCCAAACCGAGUACUCAAUACCUAUAAUAACUUUUGCUGAGCCACAGUUAAAUUCAUCUAGGCGACCGUACUAACAUCAUAAUAUUCCUAUUUUAUCAUACUAACCUACACAUACUCUUGAAAAAUUAAAGCGGGUAAAAUUACUCGAAAAGCAAAAAAAAAA